CGAAUUCUCAUACACCUAUGCAAUAACACAAAUUACAAAGUUCCAUAAAACUAAAGCGCACUGUUUUUUUCUUAACUGAAAGGUGUUUCUAUUGUGUUUGUUACCAUUGUUUAGCUUUCUUUUUAAUCGUGGCGUUUUCAUUUUUUGAAAACAUGACUGAAGAAUCGCAAAUAUCUCAGUUUUACGCCCAGAAAAAAAUCUUAAUCACAGGAGCAACCGGGUUUAUGGGUAAGGUGUUACUAUGGAAGUUACUACACAGCUGCUCUCAACUGGACACGAUUUUUGUGUUGAUGAGAUCAAAACAUGGCAAAAGCUCGAUGUCUCGAAAUACAGAAUUUUUUAACUCACCGGCAUUUGAGAAUUUGAAAAAAGAUAAUCCAAAAGUAUUCGAAAAAGUAGUACUUAUUUCUGGAGAUGUAGGGGAAGAUGGAAUAGGAUUAUCGGACUUAGACCGAGGUAUAUUGAUCGACGAAGUAUCCGUUGUGUUCCAUAGUGCUGCCAUAAUAAAAAUGAACAUGGAUUUACGCACAGUUUUGAAUGUGAACACCGUCGGAACCGCGAGAAUGCUCGAAUUGGCACAGCAGAUGAAGAAACUCGAGUCAUUUGUUUACUUAUCCACUGCGUAUUGUUGUUGCGAGAAUCCGACGGUAGAAGAGAGAAUGUAUCCUUCGAAUCAUAAUCCGAACAAUAUAAUUGAUUUGAUUAAAUGGAUAGAACCCAAACUGUUGGAAAAAAUUACACCCGGACUAAUUCACCCUCUGCCAAAUACGUAUACAUAUAGUAAACGACUAACAGAAUCUAUGCUGCAUGAUUAUGUAUCCAAAGUUCCGAUUAUUGUGGCUCGACCAAGUAUAGUUGGACCAUGUUUCAAAGAACCAUUCCCAGGAUGGAGUGAUUCCAUAAAUGGACCGAUGGGAUUUUAUGUUGCUGGAGGAAGAGGAGUAAUGCGUACAACUACAAUGAAUCUAGAUAGUAAAGCCAACAUGAUACCCGCUGAUAUUUCCAUCAAUAGUAUUAUAAUUUUACCAUGGGCAAAUUCACGAGAACAAUUACUGAAAGAAGUUGGUGUGUACAAUAUCUCACAAAAUUCUUUCGAAAAUGUAACCUGGCGAGAAUUAUUACAUACUUGUAUGCGCGCUUUAGCAAAAUAUCCGCUCGAUAUAAUGUUAUGGUAUCCGAAUACCGAUCCGGCCACCAAAAGUAUGUUCGUUUAUACGAUUAAAUGCAUUUUUCUGCAUUACUUACCAGCAUACGUGAUCGAUUUCAUUUUGCUCUUGGCUGGUCAGAAGCAGUUCCUGGUUCGUGCUCACGAUAAACUCAGACAAGGUGAAAAAAUGUUGCGAUUAUUUACUCAGAAAGAAUGGCUUUUCAAGCACGAUAAAAUACUUCAACUGGAGCAACUUAUGAAUCCGAUUGAUAGACAGAUAUUUCCUGUAAACACAAAAGAAAUGCAAGAUGUUCAAAGUUAUACUGACGAUUGCAUGCUAUCAGCUAAAUUUCAUAUUUUUAGAGAAGAUUUGAAACAUCGAAAACGAUCAAAAAUAAUAAUGAAUAUAAUGUACGCUCUGGACAAAAUCGUGCUCGUAUUAAGAUAUUACAUUUUAGGAAAGUUCCUUCUAUUCAUCUUUAACACGCUUUGGAGCAUAUUUAAUAGAGCAGAGGAUAUGCCUAGUUAUUAGAAGAGCAAUAGAUGGAUAUCAAGGCUGAUUUUCGAGCCUGAUUGUUCAUGUUAUACCAUAAGUAGUAAAAUGAAGAGAAAUAAAUUUUAAUGGAAUUGAACUGAA